CAGAGCUCAGUGUGUCUCCUCACCUCCUCCCCGACACCCAAAUAGAUUUCGGCGUCCGUGUGGUUUGACAGCAAGCGAGCUGUUGUGUUCUCGAUGAAGAGAAUUCUUCAUCCUGACAUCAAGGGCUGUCCGUCGCGUCGGAGAGGAGCAUUAUGGACAACUAAGAUGGAUUAAUAUCAAACUGAUAAAUUCUUCUUACGCAGAGUGAGGCUGUCUGUCGAUAGAUGACUGGCCUCCCGCCAUGGGCAUGCAGGAUGAGUGGGAGACGGAAGGCCAGCUGGUCACCGUGGACUUCCUCCUGCCCACCGGCAUCUAUCUCAUGUUGGAAGUGUCGCGCAAUGACACCAUCGCUACCAUCAAAAAGAUGCUCUGGCGUCACGCAAGGAGUGAGCCCCUGUACGGAGCGCUGGGUGACCCCGAUGUGUACGUGUUCACCUGCAUCAACAUAACAGCGGAGCGUGAAGACCUGGAGGAUGAGCAGCGGCGGCUAUGCGACGUGCGGCCCUUCCUGCCCAUCCUGCGGCUGGUGGCCCGGGAGGGCGACCGUGUAGAGAAGCUCAUCAAUGCCCAGAUCAGCCUCCUCAUAGGCAAAGGUCUGCAUGAAUUUGAGACACAGAAGAACCACGAGGUGAAAGAGUUCCGCACCAAGAUACGCACGUUCUGCGAGGACCAUGCCCAGGAGCGUCAGCGACUGCCGUGGCAUGAGUGGAUGGAGUACAACUUCCCCUGUGACCUUGAGCCCUGCCCUACAAUGUCGCACAGCGGGAAGUUGCGCAACAUCAAGAAGAUCUUCGUCAACGUCAAGUUUGAAGCCAGUGAGGAAAGCUUCAUGCUUCAGCUGGAACCCCAGGACGUGCCGGCCACGCUGAUUGGCAAGGCCCUGCGGAAGAAGGCCACAGUGUUCCGGCCGGCCAGCAAGGAGAAGCCAGAGGACUACACCCUGCAAAUCAUGGGGAGGUGGGAGUUUAUCUAUGGGAAGUACCCCUUCUGUCAGUUCAAGUAUAUUUUCUCAUGUCUGCAUGCCGGUGUGCCCCCACAUUUAAUCAUGGUUCAUCGCUCUACCAUCAGCAAGUAUCAGGAAGAGCAGAGCUGCUUGAGCAACCAAGUUUCUCUGGGACGACCCUCGUCCAAACCUCCCCCACUGCCCAUCAAGAAGUGUCUGGUCCUUCCACUUUCUUUACAGCAAAAUACAUCCUCCCUACGCUCCAUCCAAGAGCCUUUCUACAUCCAGCUACUGCAGGGCAGCCGGGUCAAUGCAGACGAAGGCAUGAAGCUCGUGGUCCAGGCAGGUCUGUUCCACGGGAGUGAGCUGCUGUGUAAGGUGGUGACCAGCAACGAGGUGAACGUCUGCUCGGAACCCGUUUGGGAUCAGAAGCUGGUGUUCGACAUCAGCGUGGGGGACCUGCCCCGCAUGACUCGCCUCUGCUUCGCCCUGUACGCCGUCAUCGCCACCACCAAGAAGCCUCGCUCCACCAAGAAGAAGAACAAGCGAGCAGACUGUCCUUUGGCCUGGGUCAACACCAUGGUCUUUGACUAUAAGGACCAGCUGAAGACCGGGGAGGUAUCUUUAUCCACAUGGCCAUCAGUACCAGAUGAUAAGAGUGACCUCCUGAACCCCAUGGGCACGGUGGAAAAGAACCCCAACAUCGACAGCACCGCGUGCUUGCUCAUCCACUUCCCCAUCAUCCGACCACAUCCUCUCUGCUAUCCCCCUCUUGUCCAGAUAAGUGAGAUGGAGACCAAUGGAGAGAAGGUUGCUGCCACUAAAGAGGAGUAUAUGAAGCUGAAAGAGAUUGUGGACAACAAGAAUUUCACAGAGAUCUUCGAGGACGAGAAAGAGCUUCUAUGGAAGAUGCGGACAGAGGUGCGACGUCUCUACCCCGAAAGCCUCUCCAAGCUCUUGCUCGUCACCAAGUGGAACAAGCAUGAGGACGUGGCUCAGAUGGUGAGUCUGCUGUGGAACUGGCCCGACCUGCCGGCCAUUCACGCUCUGGAGCUGCUCGAUUAUUGCUUCCCCGACCCACAUGUCCGAUCCUUCACUAUCCGCUGCCUGAGGAAACUGCGGGACGAAGAGCUCUUCCAGUAUCUCCUGCAGCUUGUCCAGGUCCUAAAGUACGAGUCUUACCUGGACUGUGAUCUGGCCAGAUUUCUCCUGGAGAGAUCCCUGUCCAACAAGAAGAUAGGUCACUUCCUUUUCUGGCAUCUCAGGUCUGAAAUGCAUGUGUCUUCGGUCAGUCUGCGUUUUGGCCUCAUCCUCGAAGCAUACUGUCGAGGGAGCAUCUAUCAUAUGAAGGGUCUGGUGAAGCAGAAUGAGGCUCUGAAUAAAAUGAAAGCCCUGAACGACUUUGUGAAGUCUGGUUCUCAGAAGGCCUCACGGCAACAGACCACAGCAGACAUGCAAAUAUGCAUCAAACAGGAGGCCUACUUGGAGGCCCUGUCUGACCUGCUGUCGCCGCUCAACCCCAGCAUCAUCCUCUCAGAGAUCUGUGCAGACCGGUGCAAGUUCAUGGACUCUAAAAUGAAGCCCCUUUGGCUGAUGUACAAAAACAAGUGGAUGUCGUCGGACACUGUGGGACUCAUUUUCAAAAAUGGAGAUGACCUACGCCAGGACAUGCUGGCCCUCCAGAUGAUUCAGCUGAUGGACAUUUUGUGGAAGAAGGAGGGGCUGGACCUGAGGAUGGUCCCCUACGGGUGCCUCUCCACGGGCAACAAGACGGGCCUGAUCGAGGUGGUGAAGAACUCGGACACCAUCGCCAACAUCCAGCUCUACAACAGCACCAGCGCUGCCACGGCUGCCUUCAACAAGGAUGCCCUGCUCAACUGGCUCAAGUCCAAGAACCCUGGGGACAAACUUGAUGAAGCCAUUGAGGAGUUUACACUGUCUUGUGCUGGUUACUGUGUAGCUACGUAUGUCUUGGGCAUUGCAGACCGGCACAGUGACAAUAUCAUGAUAAGGGAAUCGGGGCAGCUGUUCCACAUUGACUUUGGGCAUUUCCUGGGCAACUUCAAGACCAAAUUUCGGAUCAACAGGGAGCGUGUGCCUUUCAUCCUGACGUAUGACUUUGUCCAUGUGAUUCAAGAGGGAAAGACCAAUAACAGUGAGAAGUUUGAAAGGUUCCGGGAGUGCUGUGAGCAGGCCUAUAAGAUCCUGUGCAGGAAUGGAAUCUUGUUUGUGAACCUCUUUGCUCUCAUGAGAGCAGCUGGACUUCCUGAGCUCAGCUCGGCUAAAGACAUCCAGUACCUGAAGGAUUCACUGGCCUUAGGGAAGUCCGAGGAAGAAGCACUGAAGAAUUUCAAAGUCAAGUUCAAUGAAGCUUUGAGAGAGAGCUGGAAGACCAAGGUCAACUGGAUGAUGCACGCUUUAUCCAAAGACAACAGGUGAAGGGACAAACGGAAGAACCUUUUAGAGCCAUACAAGAUGGAAAUUCCACUGCAGUUUGUCCUGAGUGAGUUCUUCAGAAUAAUCCCAGGCCGCUAUCAAACUGGCAUGACUUCCCUCAAAUCCUGUGCAAAUGCUCUUCAUCAGCAUAUACCAUAUUCAUUUGAGUCAGAUUUAUGAUCUCAACGCUGCAUUACUUGUCUCUGUACAUUAACGCUUAUAGAAGAAAAAAGAUACUUUAAUGAAAUGGAUAUGUACAAAUAAUGCCCACUUCAUUGUCAUUGCCCUCUUUAACUACCAUAUACAAGGUCAAACUUGUAGAUUGAUACUCUUCAAAUAAAUGGCAGGCCAUUGUUAUCCAAAUAGGGCCGCUAUUUCUGUUACGGGGUUCUCAACGAAGCGAAGCCAUUAUAAACUGAAAGAGCAAUGAAGGUCUUUUUCACUUUGCAGUGACAUCUAGUGGUAUCUCAGAGUAAGUGCACUUUAAAUGUGCUGCAGCCCCCUUCAGAUAAAAAUACGCCCUGAGUGCCUACCCUAUUUAUUUUUCUAUUUAUUAAGAUGUGGUUUAUGAAAUCAUGUUUUCAACAUUAAGCUUGAUUUUGUAUUUAAUUCUGAAAAUCGGUUUUGUUGUCACAGGACGAGAUUACAUGUAAAACAUCACUCAAAGUCAGUGCAGAGAUUAUGAAGCUGAUAAUUAGAAGCUGAAUAACCAAAAUCACCAAUCAACUAAACUCAUACACAUAUACACACACACAUACACACACACCCAGGACAUGUAGGACAAGUGGGAAAUCAUGUCAAUUUGAUUGACUUAAAUGUGUCUAUUCCUUAAAACCCACUUUAAUGAAUGUUUACAGUUUCCAUUAGUUAAGUCAUGGAAUGACCUAUGUUAAUUUCUUAGAAGGACCAGAAGACCUUAAUAAGCCAUUUGGACUGAUCAGACCUGAUCAGUGAAUAUUGUUGAUUGCUGCGGAAUUGUGAAAUGCAUUUAAAAGGUUGCUUAUUCAACCUAUGUAUCGCAGCCAUUAACUUAUUAAAUACACUCACGAAAGACCACUAUGCUAGUUCUCUCUUCACGGAGGGAACAAAAAACUUUGGAGCUGUAUUUGUGGGUUAAAGAUGUAGAAAUGUAGAACAUACUUGGGUGACACAUUAAGUGUUAAUUUUAAUUUUAAGUUUACGUGUUUUCAAUAGUUUCAUUGUUCAUUGGUGUUCUGAAUUUUCUGGUUGUCUAUAUUACUGUUUGCUUAGAGAUGAUACAUUUUAUAUUUGUGUUACUUCUGCUUGACAGAGACACAUUGGGAUGAAAUAUGAACAAUGAGUGCUAAAAGUUGUUGUUUUUUGAAAAUAUUUUUUUAUUGUGUUAUUGCUGAUAGAGCCUUAAGUGUCUGAACCCUGCCUUGAGAGAAGGAUGAUGCAUUGUGUGUAUGAUGAGCAAAAGGCUUAUUUUUCUGUGAAGAUGGUCAAAUGUACAGUGACAGUAAGUCAAUACCCAUUCUUGCGCUUUUUUGUGGUAAACUGAAGUUUGCAGACAUAAGCCAGUUCUAAAUACAUUUUCUUGAAUCUUUUGUAAUAAGACUGAUAUAGCUUUGCCAUGAACUGUAUCUAAUUGACUAAUGGCAUUCUGUGGCCCAUAAAUAGUCAGCCUUCAAGAGUAUACAGUAGAUGCUAUGACAUCUGACUGGCUGUUUGUGCAUCCACAAGUCUAACAAUCACUGAUAACUGUAAUAUGACUGAGCCAAGUUUUAGACAAAGUGAUUGGACAUCUUGUCCCCUUGGAAUUAUAAGGUUCUAUUUCCACCUCACCUUAUGAAGUUGUCACAGAAUAAGAAUAUGUCAAUAACUCAAUUUUGACAGAAAUGUCAGAUAGAACCUUAUAAUUCUAAGUGGUCGAUCUGCUCUCAUGAUAACAUCUGCUGUUCAUGAUAGCAUUAUGUCACUCAAGCCAAGGCAAGGCAUUUCAAUUCAUGUAACUACUGAGGGGUCACUUCAUCUUAGAUCAAUGGAAUUGGUCUACCUCUUGAACUAAAAUUCAGGGUAAGUUAGUGAAAUAUAAAUCACUGGAGAUAAGAAAUAUGUAGUGGAGCUUUUUAGUCUGUUUUAGCGCUGUAUGUUCCAUUGAUUAAGUUGUAAGCUACUAUGUGCCUGAGCCUCUUAUUUAUGAUUCGCUCUUUUUAACUCAUCAAUGUAGGCUAUGUACAAAGCCAUCAUAUGGCCAAAUUACACUCUGACAUAAGUAUAUGUAAGGACAUAGUAAUAAACAAUGUCUGACAAUGUCUGACACUGCACUAUAGGAAAUAAGUUAUUUCUAAUGGUUGAAAAAGAUAUAUAAACAAGUUUUGGGGGUAGGUAUUUUGUGUGUUUCAUGUUAUGGAAGGCGUAACAUAAAACAUACAUGUGUCUGUAUAUAUCUCAAGUCAUCCCUUCUCUUGUAUCCCCAUUGCCCCAUGACAUUGUUGGCCACAGGAAGGGUUUUUACAACCUAAACAGUAAUUUCAGGAGUCUGAAUCAAAUCAGUCAAAAGUAUAUGCAGGCAUGGUGGAGCAAUGGAAACGUCAUGUCUGAUGUUUGGUCGUCCCAGGUUCAAUUCCCGAACCCCUUUGCGAGUUUGUCGCUUUGGAUAAAAGUGUGUGUUUAAAUACCGGUCAAUCUUUGAAUCCUUGAAUCAGUCGGAUAUGAAAACAGUAGAGGCACAUCCUUCUUGUAAGAGCUCAUGAUGAUGGUUUUUGUCUGAUUUAGGUCCUCAUAUUUAUUUGCUCCCAGUCUACCUUUAGCUCUUAUUUGGAUGUGCAAUAUUAUGUGAGGGGUAGAUUAAACAAACCUACUGUGUUGAUAUCUGAUAACUGUUAUGGGAGGGGAUUGUACAGUGUAAUUGAAAAGUUUUUUGUACUCCUGCCACUUAUAGUAUGAAGAAGUAUUUUGGGAUGAUGAGUGAAUUCUUAUCAUAGUGAUAUAUGAGGGAGGGAUGUUGCUUUACUGGUGUGAGCAUUCAUUGUCAUUAUUUGAAAAACAGCACAUUGAGUGUGCAUCUGUUGAUACCAAAAUGUGUCAGAUAUAUAAAAUGCUAUAAAAUGGAAAUGAAAACUAAACAGCAUGAUGUUUUUUUUUUUUUUCCCAACAUAUCUCUGUCAAGCUCCCGGAGCCAUGGUGUAAAUUAACAUUAGAUGAUAUUUCACAAGGUUUAAGGGUAAAGAUUUGCCAGGUAUAAAUAAAUAGACUGUAAUUAAAUGCAUGUGCCUAUAUACAUACGA